AAAGUUCAGGGUUUGCUCUGUGACAGGGGAGUUGAACACACAUCUCCGUCCUCUCUCCCUCUCUCUCUCUGCUCAGGUUCAGCUGAAGCAAUUAUACUGGAGAAAAUGGGAAAAGUACAGUUCAUCAUCCUGUCACUGAUAAGUUUAUACUUUCACAGUGCCACUACAGCUCUUGUACCAACAGGAUGCCUCGACCCAAGUGUUGUGAACGCAGCGGAGGUGGCACUGGACCAGAUCAAUGCAGCCAGAAAGGAAGGGUACAUCUUCUCUCUGAACAGAGUGUAUGAUGUCCUGCAAGAGGCAAAGGAGGAAAGUGAGAACCUUUUACGACUGAUAAUAGAUGUGCUGGAGACAAAGUGUCAUGUGAUCAGCAAAAGAAAAUGGAAGUCAUGUGAAAUCAAGGAUAUCGCAGAUGUUCCAGUCUUCGGAAAGUGUGAUGUAUCUGUCUUCAUUCAGACCAACAUUACUUUACAUAACUUUAGUUGCACUAUCCAGCAAGUUCCUGCUGCUGCCAUCGUUGAUGUAUGUCCAGAUUGUCCAACAACAGAGAGCCUGAAUGAUCCGAUCGUAGCCGAGACAGCAAAUCUUUCUCUUGAAAAAUUUAACAAAGAUACAACCAUGUCUAAUUAUUUUAUUCUACUGAAUAUAACAGGGGCGAAAAUGCAGUGGGUUGUUGGUCCAUCCUACUUUGUGGAGUUCACCAUACAGGAAACAGACUGUGCCAAAACACUGACUGAUGUAGAUUGGACUCAGUGCCAGCCAAAGAAUGGGACACAUAUGAAGGGCUUCUGUACUGGAUCACACAUUACUUUUGAUGAUGACCCUGAAGUGAAAAUUUCCAAAGAGGCCAGCUGGAUCAGUGGAACACACACUACUAUUGAAGAAGCUAAGAAAAAACUUUCCACCAAAGUCAGCUGUUCACUUUAUCAAGAAAUGCUCGAUAAUGAACCAGGGAACGGCCACAGGACAACCAAAAACCCUCCAACCAUCCAAACUCUGUCUGGGUCUGUGCUGGUUCUGCCCCCUCCACCCAUCCCAGCGCCCCCCAGAAUACCUGCUGCUGCUCCUAACUGUCCUGGAAAAAGGAGCCACAACCUUGGACUAAAGUCACUGAAACUAUGAAUAAAGUAUCACGUACCAAAGGUCACUCCUCACUAUAAAA